UAUCCAGGACCAUGGUAUCGAAGAUGUUCUUGAAAUGUUCGCUCUUUAGUUUAUCCAAUAGGAAGAAUCAACAUGGGAAAGCUGCAAUCAAAACCUGCUUGUAAACGGAGAGAAAACCCUGAAGGAGAUGCUUUUAAGGAGAUUGACUGUAGUGGUGAAUCGGACAGAAACAAGCAGCAUGUAAUAAGGGGUUCAUCCAGGCCUUUGGUAACAGGAGGGGAGAGAAAACAAAGCCAGGACCUGUGUGCUAGAGAAGCAGAAGAGGAUCGUCUGUCAGAUCAUUACUGUUCCCUGCAGGUAACGCUGCCACCACAGAGAUUAUUGGAGACUUCUCAAUCUUUUCUUUCUUGUCCUGAAACUGGGCGGCAGCAUCAACACAAAGACUCAGUGAAGAGAAGUGGGAAGACUGAUGAAAAGGAGUGUAAUGGGUCCGUCUCGGAUGAAAAUCAGCAAGAGUGGAUGAUUACACUGUACGAUUUGGACAACAAUGGGAAAAUAAAUAGAGAGAAUAAAUUGAGCUUGAUGCAGACGAUCUGUGAGCUGGUUGAAGCUUCAGUCAAACAGCUGGUGCUCAGCAAUGGCACAACCCUGCGUGUCAAGCUGAGCGUCACUCCACUGACCAGCAGAAAGACAUACAGGAAAGAUGCUGGGAUUUCUCUGAAUGAGCGGGAUCAGGUGGACGAGGCAGUACACCAUGCAGAGAAUACGCAAAUCAGAGUACUGGGCUCAGAUGUUCAGUUGAGCGCUCCAGAGCGGAAGCACUACUCUGUAGAUGAAAACACAGAACGCAGGAACCACUAUCUGGAUUUGGCUGGAAUUGAGAACUACACUUCUCGAUUCGAAGAAACAUCUGCAGAGGAGCCUCCACAGGACGUCCCAUCAUCCCGUGUCCAUCAUCGCCGCUCUCAACCUGAGACCUCCAUCCCUGUGGAGUCCUCUGGGAAAUCCAUCCCUUUUCUCCGGUCUCUCCGCAGCCGCAGCAAAUCUGUGGGUUACACCACAGCUACAAACAAACCCAGCAAACUCCACGGGCAUCACCCCAUAACCUGGUGCCAUCCGUCCCAACAGCAACAGCACCCUCUGCUGCACAGCUCCAGCAAACGCAUGCGUGCCCGAACCCGAGAAACUACAUCACCGUCCAGAAACCCCCAGGAUAGAGAUUCACACUGCAGGACGGCUCUUCAUCCUGCAGGCGUCAUUCCCGUUCCUCAAAGACAUGAACACCAUCACCAUCAUGAGCAUCACCAUCAUCACCACCAUCAUCAUUACCACCCGGCGUAAGCCUGACCGAACCACACACUCUCAUUAGCAGCGUUAUAAUAUGCUGGCGUUUCAUCAACCAUAUACACUCAGAUCAAUCAUUACUGCACCAAAAGGGCUGAACCACUUUUUUGUUGCAUAAAUUUGUCAGUGUUUUGUAACUAUGCGAAAGGCUCAGUGGUUAGGACUUUCACCUCACAGCAAGCAGGUCGCUGGUUUGAGUCCCUUCUGGGUCAGUUGGCAUUUCUGUGUGGAGUUUGCAUGUUCUCCCUGUGUUGGUGUGGGUUUCCUCCGGGUGCUCCGGUUUCCCACACCGUCCAAACACAUGCGCUAUAGGGGAAUUGAAUAAACUAAUUUGGUUAGUGUAUGAGUGAUUGUGUAUGGGUGUUUCCCAGUACUGGGUUGCAGCUGGAAGGCCAUCCGCUGUGUAAAACAUAUGCUGGAUAGGUUGGCGGUUCAUUGCGCUGUGGCGACCCCUGAUAAAUAAAGAGACUAAGCUAAAGGAAAAUGCACAUGAAGGUAUGAUCUAAAUCAGUGAAAUUAAAUGUGUGGUGUGCAGCGCCUCCUUGUGGUUAUAAAAGAAAUGUUUUGUGGAGUUUGCUUUUUGCGAUUGGAACAUUUAUCAAGUCAGUACAGGCAUAAUUCUAGAAAUAAUUAUGCUAAUAUUUGUGUGUGUGUGUGUGUGUGUGUGUGUGUGUGUGUGUGUGUGUGUGUGUGUGUGUGC